AUGUACCAUAACCAAAAUCACCUCCAACAGCCCCAGCAGGGCUCAGGAACAAGGCCUUCCCAGCAAUACUUCCAACAACAACAACAACAACAACAACAACAACAAAAUAAUCUACAAAGAUUCUAUGGAUCUCAACAAUAUUAUCAAUAUGCUUCUCCUCAAUCAAAUACUCCUGCUGUCGCUCCCCUUGUCCCCGUCAGGUACUCCCAGCAACAACAACAACAACAAUUACCAUCACAAUCACAAUCACAAUCAUCAUCAUUAUCAUCUUACCAAACUCAAAAGUACCCCCCUCCUCAACAUGUCCAAAUGGCUCAAAUGUCAACUUCCCACUCCUCUUCAAGACUCUUGUCACAGUCUUCUCAAAACCACCAUUCUUUUGCUCCAGAUGAUAUUGCCUUUAGUGCUGCUGCUGCCGCUGCUGCUGCUGCCUCUUAUGCAAUGACCAAAACUUCACAGACCUCUGCAUCCGGCCUUUCUCUUUCCUCUCUUAAUAGAUCCUCCCAAAGAACCUCCUCUCUAUCAUCAACUUCCCAAUUCCCAGGUUCAUUCCAACAAGCAUCCUCUUAUGCUUCUUCCAUUGUCGCACCUUCAUCCGCAUCAACCCAUUCUGCUGGCCAUCCUUCUCUUAUUGUUGCUCCGGCCCCAGACAGAUAUCACCGUAGAAAGUCUAUGGUUUCUUUGUCUUCUGCCGCCUCCGCCGCUCAACCUCCGUUGCAACAACAACAACAACAACAACAGCAACCUCCACAUCACAAUAACAACAACAACAACAACAACAACAGCAACAGCAACAGCAACAGCAACAGCAACCACCUCCUUGGAACACCUCAACCACCAUCUUUUGCUCAACCCUCCUCUUCGGGAUCUUCAACCGGAUCUUCAACCGGAUCCUCAGGCUCAACCCGUCAUGCUGCAGUCUCCUCGGGCUCUUCCUCAUCUUCCUCCUCUUCAAAAACUUCCGCAUCCGCAGCAUCUACUGCUCAAACAUCUGUCGCUGCCUUCCCUCAAUCUUCAUCAACCCCUUCUAGCUCAAAAACAACUCCUACUACUCACACUACUCACACUACUCACACUACCCACACUGCCCAUACUACCCAUACUACCAUCACUGCUGCUUCAUCUUCUUCAACUUCACUCCCUUCCUCUUCCCUUCAUUCUAAAUCUCUCAACUCCUUUACUCCUGCAAAUACUCAACCAUCCAAUGGUGGUGACGAAGGUAUGUAUCCUCUUGCUAAUGUUUCACCCAAUGUUUCAACUAAAACCUUGUCUGUACCACCAGUUAUCCAACAACAACAACAACAACAACUACAACCACAACAACAAUCCUCUACAAUCAUUAUGCCUACACCUCCUCAAAACAUCCGUAAACAAUCUCAGACACAACCGUCUUCGUCAUCAUCAAAUAAACCUUUCAUUGCAUCCUCCAUCGCCCCCCCUCCUGCCGUAACUACCCCUUUGGUCCUCCCAUCUGACAUUCGUCGCGGCUCCCUCUCUUCCAUCUCCCGCUCAGCAUCAUCUUCUCCGGGACCCUCUCUGGCCGCACCUAACUCUCGUCGUGGCUCUGCUUCCACAUGGGACGCCCUUCCUUUGCAUAAAUCACAAGCUGCAUCUUCUUCCGUCACUUAUAACCCAUACACUGGUUCUGCCAGUACCCCCAAUCUCUCAAAGUCUACUGAGCAAAAGCCUAUUGAGCAAAAGCCUACUGAGCAAAAAUCUGUUGAGCAAAAACAUACUGAGCAAAAGUCCACGGAACAAAAAUUUGCAGAGCAAAAACCAACUCCUGCUCAUUUGCCUAGAAAAAGCAUGUCACUUACUAGUGCAUCCAUUGGAAACCAAGAACCUCACAGAAUGGCCCAGUCUCGCUCAAUGUCUGCUCAUACUUCAAACAACUUUCAGCAUCAAUCAACCCCUCAUUCAAUUUCCCAAUCUUCAAUCAUUUCAAAUGCUUCUACUUCUGAUAAAAAGUCCUUUGGACACCGCCUUAAAAAGGCCUUUUCUUUUGGCUCAAAGAAACCAGACCCUCCUCCUCCUCCUGUAAAACAAUCUUCGGCCUCUCAAGACCAUACUUUCUCCUUUGUCAAGAAAAAACGCACUUCAACAAUGACAGGUCCCAUUGUUCCUCCAAACUUUAAUACUAAGCAGCAGAAGCAGCAACAACAACAACAACAACAACAACAACAUCCUCAACAACAACAAAACCCUCAACAAACUGAUUACCGUCAUCCAUCUCAACAACAUACAGACCGCAGAAAAAGUAGCGCUAGUCAUACCUUUAGCUUUACUCGUCGCUCUGGUACCUCCAAACGAACUUCCACAAUGACGAGCUCCUCGGCACCUGCAUUCGAGGGCUUUUCAUCCUCCUUUGUCGACGACUCAAAACAGUCCCCCUUUCAACAACGCAAGCGCUCUCGCUCUGUAGUUGUCCCAGACUCGGCUUCAGUCCAUUCUACCUCCUCCAAUUCUUCUUUUGCAACCCUCCGCAAAAUGUCAAAGUCUCUGUUUACUAAAACUUCCUCCUCAGAUUUGAAACGUGCGGCCGCACCAUCUCCACACGCCCCUGCAAAUCUAACCCCUGCGACUAAAGUUACCCCUGAAAAUUAUUCAAGCAUUCCCAACAACCCUCCAAAACAUUCCUCAUCAUCCCCAAACAAUACCCUACUCCCGCCUUCAAAAUUGGACCCUAAGUUUGUUCUCGCUAAACCUGAACCGACCUUUUAUAUUCAGGAUUCUCCAAGUGACUCUCCUGGUACUUCUCGUGAAAGUUCUCAGUUUUCCUUUGCCCCAUUUCUCGAAAACUCUCCAGCUUCAACUUCUGUUUCUCAUGCAGUCGCAGAAGCUGAUAAGCCUGUCUCUACCCCUGGAGACACGGCUAUUAACGCCCUGGCUUCUGUCACAAUUCCCAACUCGCAGUCCACAAAUAGUUUUGACUUUUCCGACCUUGCAGAGGGUCUUGGACAACUGGUAAGUGCAACUUCAGAAGAUCUUACUACUGCUCCUACAUUUUAUAAUGGCAAUAGUAGCAGCCGUGGUGAUGACACCAAUGAUCAACCUGCGCCUCCUGAGGAGGAAUCUUCUGAAGACGACUUAAACGCCGCAGACACUGUAUUCCCGAGAAACCUUGACAAUAUUACUGUUGAAACCAUUCGCUCGUCUCUGGAACGUACAAAGUCUUUGGAACGUCGCCGGUCCCGUAGGUCUACCCGCUCUACAAGAUCAAACAAAUCGGGUAAAAGCUCCGCCGCGCGCUCUCAAGAAGUGACAGAUUCAAUUGACGGUGUUCUUCAUUCACGAUCUGGCUCGGAACUGCUCCCCAAUGCCUUGGAAAUCCAUGCAACCCCUGACCUCCGCAGUGAGCCCAGUCAUGACGCUGCCACCCCGAAAAAGAGUAUUCUCAAAAAGGAUGAGCCUGCUGUUACUUCGCGCCCAUCCUCUGCUCGCAGCAUCCGAAACACCAGAUCUAAACCCCCUCCAAACACUCCACCACUUGGCCCGGUCACAUCCCCACGUUUUUACAGCACUAACCCGGCUUCUCGUGACCACAAGCUCUCUAGCUCGCCAUCAAUGAACUCCAUGUUCAACUUUGGCGACAUUGACUUGAACCUCGACUUUGAGUUUGGCACAACAGACUUUAGCUCUCACUUAUCACCUGUCCAAAAACUUAGACAUUCUCGUACUCCGUCAAACGUCUCAUCAGUGUCUUCUAUUUCAUCGCAACCUGGUGCAGUCCACCACUAUGCUCACCCGCUCUACACACGCCAAAACUCAAGCACAAGCGCGGUCUCCACAUCUAGCUCCGCUAGUCUGUCGCCACAGCUUGUAGCCGUGUCCAAUGGCCAUGUCACAAACUCGUCGCAAACCUCUAUCAAGUACCAUUCUGCGUCUCCCCAAUCGUCGCCACAACUGUAUGCUCAGUCGCAGCGCAUGGCUCACGGUAACAAGCACUCGUCAACGUCUCCUGCACCUUCAUCUCAUGUAUCAUUUUCAUCGAAGAUUAUUAUUUUCGAUACAUAUGAUCCCACAGAUUAUGAUCGGCGUGCAGAGCCUGCAACAUGUAACCGGCUGACGCCGUUACUGGCUCAGCAGAUUAAGGAGGAGCUGAAUAACUUUAAAAUGGAAAUGAGCGUACAUGCCGAGUCUAGAAUAUAUACGCAUUUUUUUUAA